AUGCGAAAGAACAUUGGAUUUAGUGGGAGGUUUUGUAGUAUUUAUAUACUAGUAAUAUUUGCAGAUUCCGUGAACUGUGGCACAAUAAACGAUACCAAAACUUUGAUAUCUGACCUUCUGUCAGAUUACAACAUCAACGUUCGUCCUGUUGCCAACCAGAGCCAGGCUGUAAAUGUGACAGUACAACCAUACAUUAAAAGUAUUCAAGAAUUCGACGAAGUUCGAGGUAAAUUCUCUUUCACUGGGACAUUGUUAGUCACAUGGAACGACGUCAAUAUGAUGUGGAACCCUGCUCUUUAUGGCGAUGUGUACGAGAUAUCUGUCCUUUAUCCGAACGUUUGGAUUCCAGAAUUGGUUCUGGCAAGUCCUUCUGAUGACUUGGAUAGUCUCGGUCAAAAAUGGAACAGGAUACGCUAUAUGGACAACGGAGUAGCUUUUUGGCUUGCAGUGGGUUUAAUUGAAAGCACAUGCUCUGUAAACAUACGGAAUUAUCCGUUUGACACACACAAGUGCAUAACAUCCUUUAUUUCAAUGGAUUACCUUGAUUAUGAGGUACAGCUUAUUGCGGCAUCCGAAGAAUUCAAUCUGGAAGUUUACCAAAAAAAUUCUUUAUGGUCAUUAGAAAAGACAGAAGUGAGAGUAACCACAACAAGCGCUGGGUCACAGAUCGAUUUAAUAGUUUAUCUAAACCGUAAAUCGUCGUUUGUGAUCAUCAAUGUUGUUAUGCCAAUCCUGUUUUUGAGCCUGUUAAAUGUAUUGGUGUUCCUCCUGAUUCCAGAGUCUGGAGAGCGUGUCUCAUAUAGUAUAACAGUACUCCUUGCAAUCGCAGUGUUUAUGACAAUCGUGAGUGACAUGCUGCCUAGGAGUUCGGAACCAGUUCCAAUUAUUUCCUUCAAAAUAAUGACCGACAUGAUCAUCAGUUCUUUUAUUGUGUUUGUUACAAUUCUAAAUCUAAACUGGUAUCACAGAGAUGACAACAUUCCUAUACCGCCGUGGUUAAAAUCUGUCUAUUAA